CAAGCAUGUGUUUAUUUUGCAUCUGUCUUUCAAGCUAUGUCAUGUGGUAUCCAUUACUUAGCAUCUGUGUUCAUGGCUGUUACUCCUAACUUUGUAUGUGGGAUCCCUGGAAAUGUGAGUAGUGUUCUUUUCUACAACUCCUCUGAAUCAAGUAUAGAGGACAUCUGGACACUAUGGACAUCAACAGAAAAUUACAUUGUAGUCCAGCUGGAAAAUGGAGAAAUUUGGGAACUUAAUCAAUGCAGCAGGUCCAAACGAGAAGUCAGUUUGGAUCUGGCAUAUGAAUACAAAGGCAACAAGUCCAUAUUUUCUUGUUCUGAUGGAUUUCUCUAUGAUGAUGCAAAGUGGAAGAGCACUGUUGUUACGCAGUGGGAUCUGGUCUGUGACCGAGAAUGGCUUGCAAAAUUAAUCCAGCCUACGUUCAUGAUUGGAGUCUUGAUUGGAGCAGUAAUUUUUGGUGACAUUGCUGACAGACUGGGAAGACAGCGUGUUAUAUGGUUCACAAGUGCUGGUCAGUUUGUAUUUGGCAUCGCAGUGGCCUUCACGUUUGACUACUACAGUUUCGUGAUUGUGCGCUUUCUCCUUGCUAUGGUUUCAAGUGGCUAUCUGGUUGUGGCUUUUGUUUAUGUGACUGAAUUUGUUGGCAUUAAAGCACGAACCUGGGCUUCUAUGCAUGUCCAUGCUUUUUUUGCUAUGGGAAUUAUGGUUGUGGCACUCGUGGGAUUUUUGGUUCGGACCUGGUGGGUCUAUCAGAUAUUUCUCUCCAUAGCGACUCUUCCCUUUGUCUUGUGCUGCUGGAUGCUCCCAGAAACACCUUUUUGGCUCCUGUCAGAGGAAAGAUACGAAGAUGCGCAAAAAGUAAUUAAUAUAAUGGCAAGAUGGAAUAAAGUAAGCACUCCCUGCAAAGUUUCUGAACUGUGCUCAGUCCAACAAGAUGAUCUAGUCAGUGGCAGAACGGGUGACAAUGACACGUCUUCAACAAAGAAGCACAACAUCUUAGACCUGUUUUGUAACUGGCACAUUGCAAGAAGGACCAUCACAGUCUGGCUGAUCUGGUUCACUGGGAGCUUAGGGUACUACGUCUUCUCCCUCAGUUCUGUCAGUCUAGGAGGCAAUGAAUAUUUAAAUCUGUUUCUCAUAGGUGCUGUGGAGUUGCCUUGCUAUAUCAUUGCUUGCAUUGGGAUGGACAGACUGGGAAGGAGAAACACACUCAUUCCGUUCCUUAUUUUAAGUGCACUGAUCUGUGUUUUAAUUAUGUUCCUACCUCAGGAUUUCAAUAUAUUAAUUAUCUUAGCAAAUAUGGCUGGAAAAUUUUCAAUAGGUGUGGCAUUUGGCCUCAUAUAUCUCUACACAGCAGAACUGUACCCAACAAUUGUAAGAUCACUUGCUGUUGGAAGUGGAAGCAUGAUGUGCCGUGUAGGAAGUGUGGUCGCUCCUUUCUGUGUAUAUCUGAGAAGUGUUUGGAUUUUCAUGCCACUUUUGCUUGUUGGAAUCAUGGCUCUUCUGAGUGGAAUACUAACAAUAAUGCUUCCAGAAACACUGGGAAAACCAUUGACUAAUACUUUGGUGGAAGCUACAGAAAUUGGAAGAAACAAGAAAAGCUGUUCAGGAAAGACUCCUCCAGCGCACAGUGGUGCAGCAUUAGAAAAGAUAGAGAUGUUUGGUCAAGAAACAGUCAGCACUGAGAAAUAAAGCAACAGCAA